UUUUAUGUUCUACUUGUCUAAAACCGUUGAGCCGAUAUUUUUGUUGCAAGACCUUGACAAUGGCUAGCGGUCUGGCGACUCAUGCCUUACGCCUCGGUCGUCAAAAUUUGCCAGCUGCAGCAAGUACAACAUACCUUCAGAAACGACAUGCUGGUAGUGAAUUAGCAGCAUGCAAGAGGGGGCGAGGUGGCAGGUCCUCUUUCAGUGGAGUGGUGGCCACUGUCUUUGGAGCCUCCGGAUUUAUGGGACGGCAUAUCGUGAACAGAUUAGGGAGAAUUGGUUCUCAAGUAAUUAUUCCAUACAGAGGAGACACUUUUAGACUAGAAAGACUGAGGCUAUGUGGAGACCUGGGUCAGAUUUUGUUUACACCUAUGGACAGUAUUUACCAUGAGGAUCAGAUGAGAAAAGCAAUGAUGCACUCCAAUGUAGUGAUCAAUUUGAUUGGCAAAGAGUAUGAAUCAGACUCCUAUGACUUUCAUGACUUGUAUGUUGAUGCUCCAGCCAAUAUUGCUAGAAUUGCAAAGGAGAUGGGUGUUGAGAGAUUCAUCCAUUUCUCGCAUCUGAAUGCAGACCCUAAUCCUCCCGAACUGAUUUAUUUUGGGACUGAUCUCCCAAGAGGAAACUCCAGUCUAAAGAAAAAGUGGGAAGGUGACCAACUGGUGAGGGAAAUAUUCCCAGAAGCUAUUAUUUUCAGACCUGCAGACAUAUAUGGAAUUAAAGAUUGGUAUUUCUUCAAGUAUAUUUACCAUCGCCGUUACAGUAAGAUUAGACAUGCAAUUCCCAUAUGGAGAGAGGGAAUGGACACAGUGAAACAGCCAGUGUGGUCGAGUGAUGUAGCUGCUGGAGUGCUGAACGCUGUAUUUGAUACAGAUGCCCCAGGAAAUACCUAUUACUGUGUUGGUCCUGAGAGAUAUUGUCUUAACAACAUGGUCGAUCACAUUACCAAGAUAUGCGCCAGAGAAUUCAGAUAUAUCACUGAUAUCGAUGUUUCUUACAUACGAAAGUUGAUUAGACAGAGGAAAAACAGAAUUGUCAAUAUUGACACCUUGCAGAGAGAGGCCUUGUCUGAUCUAAUUGUGCAAAGACAUUUGGCCAAGACUCUGGAGGAUCUUGGUGUGCAGCCUCGUAGUUUACAGGACAUGGCCCCAAUAGUCACCAACCCGUACAUGGCCUUCAAAUCUAUGGAUGAUGAAUACAUCAAAACAAAGUACACUAUUCCAAAACUCAUAUCAGUGGAUGAUUGAGGAGGAAAGGAAACUCCAUUGUUUGAACAGAGACUUUAAAUUCAGACAAAAUUGUUACACAAGUGCUUGAGUUAUGUGACUGAUAUUUAAAUAAUUAAAAGUGAUAUAAUGGAAA